GCUUUACUCUCAUCAUGUUGGUUAAUCAUAGAAUCUAUAGUCAUUCAAGAUGGUUUCUUAAAAUGGUCUUACAUGAGAUUAUUCAUGCACCCUCUUGUUCUCUUUCUUUGCCAACUUCUUCUAUGGCUCUAUGUCUUCUUUUUAUGGCUUGUCCCACACUUUCAAGCGUUUUACAACUCCUUUUUAUCCUUCUUGGCCACCUUCUCUAAGCUAUUUAACAGUUUUCUACGAGUCAUUAUGAGUAGAAGGGAGGUUACUUAUAAUAUUGUGUCUAGGCAAGAGAACAAGAACACCCAUGUUAAUUUGGAACUUUCUAGGAGAAUUCAUAGUUCUGUUCCUUCCUUUAGCUUUUCGUUUAAAGAUCAAGUUGAUAGUAGAUCAAAAGUUCUUUUACUUUUCCAACAAGGCAAGAGUCUUGAAGAUGAAGAAGAUUUUUGCUGUCAACUUGAUCAAGAAGAGGGUGUUAUUCAUCUUCUUGAUGCUAAGGAAAGCGAGGGGGAAGAAGACGACAUUAUUGACUUUGUGGAGAAUAACCUUGAGUUCGAACUUCAGACUAUGCCAAUGGAUCAAGAAAAUAAAUGUCCUUUAGCCAACGAUGAUGAUGAAGAGGAAGAAGAUAUUAAAUCAAACGUUGGGAGUGAUCUAUCUUCUCUAGAAGCUAGUAAUGAUAUAAUUUCACUCAAUAGCGAUGGAGAUCAAGCCUCUCCUUUCUCUAUUUCAAGCUUGGAUUCACAGCUACAAGAUUCAACUGUGAUAGAGAAUCAAACUCAUGGAAAUGAAGAUGAUGAAACCAAUGAAUUAUACAAUAAAUACUGCGAAAGAAUGAGAUGGUAUGACAUCCUCAGCCGCGAUAGAACCUAUGGACUAAGUGUGAUCAUGAACCAAGAAACGGCAAGUACUUUGAGCUUAUGGGGAAUAAAGGCAGAGAAGAUGCUUAAACAAAGCAUAGAGAAGGAUCUUGAGCUAGUUUAUGUUGCUCAAUCAUGUUUAUCAUGGGAAGCUCUCCAGCAUCAGUACUCAACCGUGAACGAUAGAUUGAAAUCCGCUGAUUCAAGAGGCGGGUUCUAUAACGAUGAUAUCUCUAAGGAAUUUCAGAAGUUUCAUGUUUUAUUAGAGAGAUUCUUGGAAGAUGAAAGGUGUGAAGGAAGAAGGGUAUUUAGCUUUGUUCAAAGAAGGUUUGAGCUCAUGAGCUUCUUUCAAGUCCCAAGACUUUCAGGAUAUAAAAGAAAGGGCCCUCAUGAAGGUGAAGGAAAUGAGAAACAAGUGCUGAAAGCAAUAGGGAAAUGCAUUACAGUCUUCUAUGACUUUGUGAAAGCAGACAUCAAGAGACUUUUCAUUUGGGAAAGACUUAAAAUCUCACUCGUCAACUCUCCUUUUAUGGAAGUGGAAGAUCCUAAAGACAUUAUGCUUUACCUUAACCUCAAAACUUUAAUUCAAAAGAAGGAACAAUCGUUGAAGGAGACACAAGGGGUAAACAAGAAGAAGACUUGGUUCAAGAAGAAGAAACCUCCUUACAUGGAAGAAGAUGAAAACUCUAUGUUAGUAAGAUUUAUAAAGAUAGAGUUAAAGCUUGUGUCUAGAGUCUUACAAAUGUCUUUGGUCUCAUCUUCUCACCUUAAAUGGUGCCAACACAAGCUCAACAACAUUGAUUUCAAUGGUGGUAAAUUCUCUAGAACUUCCUCACCUGUUUUAUUCCCAUCUUCUUAA